ACUACAAUAAAGGUUCAGAAUUUUAGUCACAUAUAAAUUAUGGAUUUUCAAUUAACUAAAAUUAACCACGAACUUAAAACUAAAUCGCAGUACCAAAUAUAACCCCAAAUUGUCAAACAUCUGAUAUAAGACAAUACAUUUGAUCCUUUUAUCACAAUAUUUUAUCACUUAAUGCCUGGUAUAUCUUUUCCUCCCCUAUUCGUCUUAUCGAAGUGAUUGAAACCUCUGAUGAAGAUACGGAGAUAAAGUGAAACGGUAACCUACAAAACCACGCAGAUACGAUAGUCGAUGGGACAUAUGAUGAGUCGCAGAUCCUGGAGAGAGUGAAGCCGGACCGAGUGGCAGUCACCAAGCCUGAAGAGGACAGAAGACGACGUACCAUCAUCGUAGAGAAGAAGAACGGCUCCUAUGGCUUCACUCUUCAGAGUUACGGAAUCCACUACAAACGGGAGCAGGAGAUCGAGAUGAUAACUUACGUUGACUACGUGGACUACGAUGGCCCCGCCUUUCGAGCUGGUAUGAGGGAAGGGGAUGUGAUCCUGUCCAUCAAUGGCCAUGAUAUGGAGAAGACAGACCACAAAACUCUGGUUAAUUUCAUAAAGAACUGUGAUUCACGGAUGAGGAUGGUGGUGCUUUUUGAAGACUGCGUCAGAAAGGUGGAGUUGCACAUGAGGUACAUUCAGCUACAGAGGAUCCUGCAGGGUAAGAUGGUGGAACUGGAACGCUUGUGUUUGCGGGAGAGAGAGCUGUUGCAGGGCAAGUGGAAGACGCACAGCCUGCCGGCCAGAAAGAAGACUUCCACCGGCAAGUCUGUGGUUGACACAGCCACUCCCUCUCAUCCGGAGAUGGGGGAGGUGCCAUACUGCCGCCCCACUGUGUCAACGGAAGAUGUGGCUCGGGCUCAGAGUCAUGUGCCUGUCUACCCAACCCCCAACCAACUGUUGCUGGCCUAUCAGUACAUUGAUGCUCAUGGCCGUGCCUACUUCAUCCACCCCACUGCCACCCCCAGUAGCAGCGGGGAGUACCUGGUCUCCAGCUGGCAAAGUAACUACUCAUCAGGCAGUGAGCGCGAGAGGGAGCGCAAGAGCAGUCGACACAGAGAGCGUCACCAUCACAGCGAGAGUAGGCGCUGCAGCAAUAGUGGAGUGGCUGUAGAGAGGGAUAGAGGGUACACGGCACAGCAAACACAGGCUAGCCAACACAACGGUGUACAGAGUCAAGCUCACAAGCCUAGUAAAGGAGAACGCUCCCAUCACCAGUUGUGCAACCCCUGCCUGCAGGCCAGUCCCCAAGACAACACUAGCCUGGAAGCCUACGAUCUCGCCAGUCCUUGCUGCAACUCGCACUGUGUCCCCACAUCUCGUCGCCGCUCACGUCACCACAAGUCAUCACAUGAUUCCACCUCCUCGUCAAGAGGAGAAUACAAGGAGAAGUGCAGCAACCGUGCAGUUCAAGUGUCAUCCAGCAGCUACAAGAACGGUUGCCGCCACGCUGAGCCAGUCUACAAUAACCGGGGGAACAGGUACCUGAGCUUGGUCAGUCAAUGUAGUCUUCACUCUUGUACGAGCAGUGAACUGAAUAGUGGGGCUGAGGGUGGAGUCGCUGUCGCUAGUGGAGGUGGUGGGGGUGGGGGAGAAAGCAGUGGAGCCUCCUACACAACAUCUCUCAGCACCGACACGUUGUACUGGGAGCCUCCGAGUGAAGCAGGCAACUCGAGACACCACUCGGUCAAGUCACACCGCACUCACCAUGAGCCUGCCAAGCCAAAAUCUUGGGACAACCUGACAACAAAAGCUUUUGGAGGCUAUGGGUUUGGUUACGGUUACCUAGACAGGGGUGAAACGUCCACCAAAAGUCACUCUGGCUCAACAAAGAACGGUCACACUGCCUCACACAGUCGAAAACAGCAGAGAUACGUCCAGCCGACAAAGUCUACAGAAUCCUUGCUGCUUCUCCCACAAUACCCUACUCUUUCCGACUCCAGCCUGAGCUGUGAAUGUCUGGAUGCGACUUCCCCAGGUGGAGCCACAGAUCAUAAUAAGAGAUACCUCAAUGGAGAACAGUUCAGCAGAGAUAAGGCGAGUCAAACAGAAAACCGACGAAUCGUCAAUAUUCAACAAGCUCCAGAAAUAACUCGUCUGUGAUAAAGUACAAUAUCAAAUUGACUAGAUUAGCAUAGCCUAAGGUUUGUUGACAUGAAACUUUGGGAAGACACUGAUCAUUUCUAGAUCUUACAUUAAAAACUAUACAGGCCUAUAAGAUGUUUGAUAUUUGUCAGCAAUAAAGGAUGACAAAAAAUCAUUCACAUAAUUUUUUUACGUAUAUUUUAAAAUCAAACAAAUUUUACAACAUUAUGAAUCAUCCCACAGUUUCCUGUUGCAACAUAAAUAGUAUUAAUGUGUUUCGCUUUUUAAGAUUGAUAAUUUUCUAGUCAAGAAAUAAGUGUGAAUUUGUUAUUGCCAUGUAUAACUAAGUUUGUUACAAAUCAGUUGCACUGUUAUUUAAUGAGACUGUUAUCAUCACAUCGAUGCAUAUCUUUGUUAUUCCGUUAUUUUGUUUUAUUCACCAGCACUUUUGUCUUAAUAAAAUAUAAAAUUUA